AGCCCAAGGAGAGACGGGGCGACCGUGCUAGAUGCAUGGGGGAGGGCUCCGGUUAAUGCAAGUUCUGGGCUCCUGCAGGGACCCCGACCACUGUCAGCAGCAGCAACUCGGGGCCUCUUCCUCUGCUUCCUCAGCGAUGCUUUUCCACAGUCUGUCCGGCUCGGAGAUGCACGGGGUCAUCGACGAGAUGGAUCGGAGAACCAAAAGCGAAGCACCGGCCAUCAGCUCGGCUAUAGACAGGGGAGAGACCGAAACGCAGACCAUGCCUUCCAUCAGCAGUGACCGGGCUGCCCUGUGCGCCGGCUGCGGGGGGAAAAUCUCCGACCGUUAUUACCUCCUGGCUGUGGAUAAACAGUGGCACAUGCGCUGCCUGAAGUGCUGUGAAUGUAAACUCAACCUGGAGUCCGAGCUCACCUGCUUCAGCAAGGACGGCAGCAUUUACUGCAAGGAGGAUUACUACAGGAGGUUUUCGGUGCAGAGAUGUGCGAGGUGUCACCUGGGGAUUUCUGCCUCCGAGAUGGUCAUGAGGGCCAGGGAUUUGGUAUAUCACUUAAAUUGCUUCACUUGCACCACUUGCAACAAGAUGCUGACCACCGGCGAUCACUUUGGCAUGAAGGACAAUCUGGUGUACUGCCGCCUCCAUUUCGAGACUCUCAUCCAGGGGGAGUACCAGGUGCAUUUCAAUCACUCGGAUGUAGCCGCUGGGAAGGGCCCGGCAUUGGGAGCGGGCUCUGCCAACACUUUGGGACUGCCUUAUUACAACGGCGUGGGGACUGUCCAAAAGGGGAGACCCAGGAAAAGGAAGAGCCCAGGGCCUGGGGCAGAUCUGGCAGCCUACAACGCAGCUUUAAGUUGCAAUGAAAACGAUGGUGACCACCUGGAUAGAGACCAGCAAUACCCCAGCAAUCAGAAAACAAAGCGCAUGAGGACGUCGUUCAAACACCACCAGUUGCGGACAAUGAAGUCGUACUUUGCUAUUAACCACAAUCCUGAUGCCAAGGACUUGAAACAGCUAGCUCAGAAAACGGGCCUGACCAAAAGAGUUCUGCAGGUUUGGUUUCAAAAUGCUCGAGCCAAAUUCAGACGGAACCUCUUACGUCAAGAAAACACAGGGGUGGAUAAGACUUCAGACUCAGCACUCCAAGCAGGGACCCCAUCAGGUCCUGCCUCAGAAAUAUCCAAUGCCUCCAUGAGUCCAUCCAGCACUCCCACUACUUUAACGGACUUGACUAAUCCUACUAUGCCUACUGUGACAUCUGUCUUGACAUCAGUGCCCGGAAGUCUUGAGGUUCACGAAUCUCGAAGUCCUUCACAGACAACCCUUACAAAUCUUUUCUGAUGACUCUUUCUUAAUAAUUUCUUUAAAAAAGAAAUUAUUCUUAGCUGAAAUUCCAAGUGUAUUUUAAUAGAGGCUUUGAGCAACUGACUAACCACAAUUAGGAUCUCUCCUAAAAAACAGAAGGAAAUGUAGUGUUCUGGUAUUAUGGAGUAUGGACUGAAGAAUAACUUGGAAGAUCUAUUGCAACACAACAUUUGUGUAACUGUACAGUUUUGUGGACUGAGCAAGGGAAACAGCAAUUAAUUUAAGUUGGCUAAAGCUUCUGUAUUUUCAAAGACUGCCAUGUGCCUUAUAUACUGUUUUAUCUACAUUAUUUGGAUUCCGUGUCCACUUCUCUCUUUUUCUCUCUGUAUAUUUAUGACCAGGGCAAAAAUGUUUAGAGUUUGUUACUUUGAAUAGUCCUAAGCCUUUCAUUGGUUGCUUUGUUGUUUUAGAAUUUUAAGGUCGAAGUCUGUUUGAAUACCAGAAUUUGUAAAAUCUAACCAGUAAUAAAACCACUUAUGGAAACUACUUGGUAAUGGCUGCAGUUACAUUUAACAUUAGUGUCACAAUCAAGAUAAGCUGAUUGUAUUUAAAAGGAUUAGAAAACUGCACUUCAAACAUGGUAUCUGCCUAGGAUAAACUCUAAAUAUUAUAUGUACAUUCCUCCUGUUCCUGAAGUAUCUAUGGGUGAGAAAUCCAGCUUGUACAACA